AACAUUAGGAAAGUCGAGAAAAGGCUCCUUCUUUGCACUUUCGGUAGCGUGGUGCGGUGCGUACGCGCUCGUAGGCCGUUGUUUUUAGCAAUGGCAAUCCCUGAUCAGGUGGUCAUGCGGAAGAUCAAGAAGCGUCAGAAGAACAGAAAAAAGUUACGGGCUGUGAAGAAGCUGGACUGCGAAAGUGGACAAGCCAAGAAAAUAAAGCUAGAAAAGGAGGAAGAAGAUGAAACGAAAAUGGUCGAGGAGGAGCAUGAGGACCAGCCUCAAGAAGAGUGUGCUGAAGAACACGGAGAAGGCGGAGAGGCAGAGACUGACAAGGCUGAAGAAGCUGAAACAGAGCCAGAACCUCUACCAGGCACAAGCUUCGGAGUUUUGUCGGACACUCAGUUCAGCUCCCUGCAUGGGAAGGUGUCUGACGCCACACUGAAGGCCAUCGAUGGUAUGGGAUUCAAAAGGAUGACUGAGAUUCAGGCCAAGAGCAUUCCACAUUUGCUGGAGGGAAAGGACGUGGUGGCUGCCGCUAAAACAGGCAGUGGCAAGACGCUGGCGUUCCUGAUCCCCGCCGUGGAACUGCUCUACAAGCUUAAGUUCAUGCCCCGCAAUGGCACGGGGGCCCUGGUGAUCGCACCGACUCGCGAGUUGGCCAUGCAGACGUUUGGUGUGCUCCAGGAGCUCCUAUCGGGCCAGAACCAGACGCUGGGCCUCAUCAUGGGAGGCACCAACCGGCAGUCCGAAGCCAGCAAAUUGGCCAAGGGUGUCAACUUUCUCGUUGCUACCCCGGGACGACUGCUCGACCACUUGCAGAAUACCUCGGAAUUCGUGUACAAAAAUUUACAAUGCCUUAUAAUCGAUGAGGCUGAUCGAAUACUUGACAUUGGUUUCGAAGAAGAGGUGAAGCAAAUCCUCAGAAUUUUGCCGAAGCGAAGACAGACCAUGCUGUUUAGUGCUACACUGACCAAGAAGACUGAGGACCUUGUGAAGGUUGCCCUCAAGAGUGAGCCCCUUUACAUUGGCCUGGAUGAGCACAAGGAGCAGGCUACAGUGGAUGGCCUUGAGCAGGGGUAUGUGGUUUGCCCUUCAGACAAGCGGUUCUUGCUGCUCUUCACCUUCCUGAAGAAGAACCGGAAAAAGAAGGUGAUGGUGUUCUUCAGCUCGUGCCUCUCCGUGAAGUACCAUCAUGAACUGCUGAAUUACAUCGACUUGCCUGUCAUGAGCAUUCAUGGAAAGCAGAAGCAAGCCAAACGGACCACGACGUUCUUCCAGUUCUGCAAUGCGGAAUCUGGAAUUCUGCUUUGCACGGACGUAGCAGCGAGAGGCCUCGACAUUCCGGAGGUUGACUGGAUCGUGCAGUAUGAUCCACCUGAUGACCCCAAGGAGUACAUCCACCGGGUGGGUCGUACGGCGAGAGGCGAGGGUGGCCGUGGCCAUGCACUCCUUAUCUUGAGACCCGAGGAGGUUGGAUUUCUGCGAUACCUCAAGGUGGCCAAGGUGCCUCUACAGGAGUUCGAGUUCUCGUGGGCAAAGAUUGCAAACAUUCAGCCCCAGUUGGAGAAGCUUAUUUCAAAAAACUACUACCUGCACAUGUCAGCCAAGGAGGCGUACAAGGCAUAUGUGCGAGCCUAUGACUCGCAUCACCUGAAAUCGAUUUUUGACGUCAACACACUGGACCUGAUACAAGUGGCCAAGUCAUUUGGCUUCCUGGUGCCUCCGAACGUUGACUUGAAUGUUGGCAGCAACAAGGCUCGACCCAGAAAGAAGGGCCGAGCUGCGAACUACGGCUACGAAGGAGCGCCACCGAAGAAGCGUGAGAAGGCCAUAAUCUACAAGCCUAUUCCUGUUGGAACAGACAACGGAAAAAGGCAGUUCUCGCGGUGACCACUAGCGCUCGAUUGUUGUACAGCUCACUCAUUAAAAUCGGUGCUACUUAUGA